CUGUUCUCACAUUAUUCAAACAGAUUAAGUUUGUAUGAAGUACAAAUUACUCAGAAAGAUUUCUCGUGGUCAAACAACAACCUAACCAGUGCUAUGUAUUAAUUGAAAACUUCAGAUGAAAAAAGUGACUCAAUUGUAAAAUACGUACCGAUAAAAGGUGUCAGUAAACAUUUAAAAUUGUUUGUUGACGUGUCAGGGGGGAGGGGAUUUGCUUGUUUUCGUAAGUGAUCCUUCGGCGGUUUUGUUAUAUCGAAGAAAGGUAUGGACGGACGGCUUUAUUACAACCAACUGAUUUGAGUACUUCACUGUUAAGUCGGGAUUAUUUUUCUCAUCCUCACUGAAUGUAUCGUGAAUGCUGCUGGCUUGUUUUCAAAAACAUUUUAUGAGAAAGAGUCUAACAAUAAACUGUGUGUGUCAACACUCCAGCGACAGCUUUUUAUGAGAAAGAAUCUAACAAUAAACUUUGUGAGUCAACACUCCAGCGCCAGCAGAUAAAGAACUUUUAAAAGUGGAAAUCAAGAAAGAUUUUACAAUAGAUCAUUGGAAAUGCCCAAUAAAUCACCUGUCAAAAUGAUGGAAUUGAUUGUGUUAAAGACGUGAUAUAUGAGAUGGAAAUAGAUAAUGGAAAUGGUCAGGAAAGCUGCUGUGAUCAUGACAUGACCACAAAACAUUACAAUAAGAAACUCCGAUUACCUUCUGAGGCAGCACCAUCUAGCUAUGAACGUGUAUUGGAAUGGGAUACUCGCACGGAAGAAAAUUUAGUUCAUAACUUUAGCAAGAGACAAUCGUCUGUACCGUAUGACAACAUUACACAUGACGAGAACCAUCAUUAUGUUAAAGAUGAUAUAAACCAUUCCAGUAAUCAUGUUGAUGAUCUCAGAAGUGAACAUUGGCACGAAAAUGUAAUUCCUGACAAAAUUGUCAGUCAGCCAUCAAGUUUUGCAAGUAAUGAUGAGGCACUUUAUGAUCAUGAUAUUUUCGUCGAGGAAUUAGUCUUGCCUGACGAAACUGAAGAUGCCGUGUUCGCCAAUUACUUGAAAUGCCAUACUUGUUACGAUAUUAUGCCAAAAAGUGCAAAAAUAGUUGUUUUUGAUACAAGAUUAUUGGUAAAGAAGGCUUUCUACGCUUUGGUAGCAAAUGGUGUGAGGUCAGCGCCAUUGUGGGACAACGCUAAACAGGAUUAUGUUGGAAUGUUGACAAUAUCAGAUUUUAUCAACAUAUUGGUUAACAAUUAUAAAUCGCCCUUGGUUCAAAUUGAAGAACUUGAAGAGCAUCGAAUUGAAACGUGGAGAGAACUGUGUGAACAACAGCUGCCUUCAAUUUUGAUUCAAAUAUCUCCGCUUCAAAGUCUCUAUGAUGCGUGUGAGCUGCUGAUAAAGAAUAAAAUUCAUCGUUUGCCUGUCAUCGAUCCACCUUCGUCCAAUUUUCUUUUUGUGAUAUCACAUAAACGAAUUCUUCAUUUUCUUCAUAAACACUUAAGUGAAAUGAUCAUGCCUGACUUUAUGUACAAGACUUUGGGGGAGUUGGGUGUUGGAACUUUCGGAAAGAUUGCAACGAUUAAUCCUGAAACCCCACUGAUCGCAGCACUAAAUAUGUUUGUUGAAUACAAAGUUUCGGCGUUACCUAUCGUGGAUAAAAAUGGUGUUGUUGUGGAUAUUUAUGCAAGAUUUGAUGUUAUUAAUUUAGCAGCGGAAAAAAGUUACAAUAAUUUGGAUGUUCCGGUUGUUCAAGCAUUGAAACACAGAUCUGAGGGAUUUGAAGGUGUUCAUCGAUGCCGUUUAAAUGAGACACUUCACGCUGUCGUUGAUAGAAUCGUAAAAGUUGGAGUACAUCGUCUUAUUGUUGUAGAUAAAGACGAUCAUAUUGUUGGAGUGAUGUCAUUGUCUGAUAUUCUUCGAGUACUCGUUCUUCAUCCUCCAGGUAUUAUCACAGUAUAGUCGAUGAAUAUUGAAAGACAAUUUGGAAAGUUUUUCAACACUUCUCCCUCAUCAUGAACAGUAGACGUACUCACGUCAUUUCGUAGCCUUCGACCACUUUUACUUAAACAAGUGUGUUAUCAUUUAUAAAUGUUUAAAUGCUGAUAUGCGCAGCUUAGCAAGUGAAAGUGUGAACUUACUAUAUGGAUAUAUAUAUUAUUGCGUUUAUCAAAGCAGUGAAGCAUGGACGUUAGUUGCUCAUUUGCUAGAGAAUACACUGUGUGAAAAUUGUGAUAAAUUAUAGCAAUUGUUGUACCUCAGCAGCCAACAAUCAAA